AUGAAACCACGGGGCAGAGACCAUGGUCAGCACGAGUGGGUCGUCUCCCGAAAAAGCGUGGUGACUAAGCUGUCGAGGUACGACCUCUUGCUCGGAGUGGUCCGAGCGGAAGCCUUCCUCUCCUUCACCGGCGAAGAUGUCAUGUAUGGGAUAGAGCCCGACCGGAGGACCAAUAUAUUGAGGACUUUCGUCAAGAGCACCUACAGGUAUGUACGAAAUAUGGUCUGA